CAUUCGGCCAGCCACGAGAUCGAAUUUUGCCGCUGCGCGCGGACGGCGAGACACGCGCGGAGCGCUCACGUCGCCCAUAUAUGUGUGUGUGCGCUUCGCCCGAGCCGAUAGGCCGGCACGCGCGCGCGCGCUCGCUCGCUCGCUCUCCUCGUAUCGCGCGAUCGCUCGCUGACGUCGUACAACUCGUCGUCCGACCCACGCGGAGUCGCAGCAACGACCCGUACGUGCCGAAGCCCUGCCGAAGCGCGCUCUCCUUCGAGAAGGCUGCCGUCGAGCACUGCUGCCUUCGGACGAUCGCCCAAAGAUCCCGUCGACUUGAGAGUCUCGAGAACAGCUGGGAUGUGGCGCGAGCGGUGAGUCGUCGAUUUUCCAGCGCUUCGCUCUCCGUUGGGCCACGCGUGUACGUGCGCGCCGCGCUCGCUGCGCCCACCUGGCUUCGCUGCAUUCCCGAUCGAAUCGGGCGAAAUCCACGCGAAUCGACGUCCAAUUCCAACGAGAGCGUCAUCGAGAAAGACUCGCACGGCACGUUCGGCCAUCAGAUGAAGGCGACUGGUAGGUGAUUCGCCGAGAGCCAAGAGAAGCGAGGGUCAGGACACUGGGCGGCAGGAUGAACGGGCUCCGAGCGAUCCUCAGGCUGCCGCUCCGGUCGGCCGGGCGCAACUGCCAAACGGCCGCCAGCGAGCCGACGCUGGUCUACACGAAGGAGCUGCGCUUCGCGAACGACGCGUUCCCGCGGACGAUCCCCACCUAUCGGGUGCUCGACGAUAGCAACACCGAGGCGCAGGACUGCCGGAUCGGCGACGAGCAGCUGGUGAAGAUGUACGAGAGCAUGGUGAAGCUGAACGUGAUGGACGCGGUGCUGUACGAGUCGCAGCGCCAGGGCCGCAUCUCGUUCUACAUGACCAACUACGGCGAGGAGGCGUGCCAGAUAGGCUCGGCGGCGGCGCUCGCGGACGAGGACCCGGUGUACGCGCAGUACCGCGAGAGCGGCGUGCUGAUGUGGCGCGGCUACGACUACCAGGACUUCGUGGACCAGUGCUACGGUAACGCGGCCGACCCGAACAAGGGCCGCCAGAUGCCGGUGCACUACGGCUCGCGACGGCUCAACUUCCUCACCAUCUCGUCGCCGCUGGGCACGCAGCUGCCGCAGGCCGCCGGCGCCGCCUACGCGCUGAGGCUGCGCGGCGAGCGGCGCCGCCUGGUCGCCUGCUACUUCGGCGAGGGCGCGGCCAGCGAGGGCGACGCGCACGCGGCGCUCAGCUUCGCCGCCACGCUGCGCUGCCCGGUGCUCUUCUUCUGCCGCAACAACGGCUACGCCAUCUCCACGCCCAGCGGCCAGCAGUACGCGGGCGACGGCGUCGCGGCCAAGGGGCCCGCCUACGGCAUCCCGACGCUGCGCGUCGACGGCAACGACCUGCUCGCCGUCUACAACGCCACCGGCUUCGCUCGCGAGUUCGCGCUGAGCAGCCAGCGGCCCGUGCUCCUCGAGGCCAUGACCUACCGGCUCGGCCACCACAGCACCUCGGACGACAGCAGCGCCUACCGGCCCGAGCGCGAGGUCCAGCGCCGCCGCGAGCUCGCGCCCAUCGCCAGGCUGAGCGCCUACCUGGCCGGCCGCGGGCUCUGGGACGAGCAGCGCCAGCGCCGCCUGGCCGAGGCGAGCAAGCGCGCCGUCGUCGCGGCCGUGGCCGAGGCGGAGAGGCGCGAGAAGCCCCACUGGCGCGAGCUCUUCGCCGACGUCUACGCCCGGAUGCCCGCGCACCUCGCCAGCCAGAUGGCCAAGCUCGACCGCCACCUGCGCGAGCACGCCGACAAGUACCCCACCGUCGGCGGGUGAGCCGCUCUUCCGUGCGCCGAUUCACACUUGAGCCCGCCACCCGCGAGCCUCCAAGUUCGAUUCUUCUCUUUGCCGAAGAAUCGCCUUCCAGCAGUUGCGCUUCGAUCCCGUGUCUUCCAAGUGCUUGUAAUGGUUAUGGGAAAUAAAUAGCCGAUGUCGGAACAUCUUACUUUCUUCACAAUUUCUCUUCCAAGCC